CCCAGUCCGCCAUAUUGUUCGGGAAUUCCCAAUAUGAGUUCAUUAAAACCUAAUACGUGUUAAAUUACUGAAGGUACUACUGAGUUAUAGAGCAAAUUAUAGGUCUUCUAUGGAUAGCUUAGCAUAAUUGGUGGCAAUAAGGUAUACAGUUGACCACGUCACAAAAUGGAUGAGCCGACUUUAGAUCCAGAAUAUUUUGAACGGCUCAAGCCUCUUUUUCUAAAGCUGUUUAGAAAAUUUGUCAAACCAUCAAAUGUUAUUCAUCUACUUCAAGAAAGUGAAAUGUUGACUGAAACUGAUCUGUCAGAGAUCAAGGCAACAACUAACACUAAAGGUGAGAUAGAAGGCAGUGUGCUACUGUUUGAGAGACUGACGCUGUACGAGGGCUGGUACCCACGUUUGUUGGAAGUUCUCCGUGACAGAGAUGUCAAACUGUCUCAUGUGGCUAGUGAAAUGGAAGAGAUCAAAGGCUCACUAGACACAGCUAUUCAAGAAGAACAACAG